AAAAAAAUAUUAAUUAAAAUUACAUUUCUAAUUUUGUUUUUAACCUCUACGUGCCGUUAGAGUUAUGAUUAUUAUUCACCAAUGAGAAUGCUCGAAAAUCUCAGGGAAAUUCCCCUACUUUCCCGCCAACAUAUGAAAAGUAGCUUUGUAAUUCCUUCAUAGAGGUUUCGGAAGUCUACGUAUUUUCUUGAUGUCGUCCUCAAAAUACAAACACAUGAAUUAUUUUUAAAGUGUGGAUAACCGAAGCGAAGAAAUAACGAAGGGGGAAAUCAAGAUCUUUAGGAAUUUUCCGAAAUUUUGUUUUUAUUUAAAUACAGAUUGCUGUAUCGCCAGUUUGUCUUGUAAACUUUCGACUUGCUUAAAUAUAUUUAUAUAUAAAUAUAUUUAAGGUGUUUGGAGAGAAAGGAUACACAAAAUGGAUGGUAAUUGUUUGGAAGUUUUUGUGGCGCCGACUGAUAUUACCAGCAACAAUAACAGUAGCACUGAUGCUGACAUCACAAUCAUCGCCAACAACAUGACAGAUAAACUUUCACCCAAGCUGAAUCCAAGCAUGGCCACAAAAAAGAAACUGACACAAGCUCGUUUGUCAUUCAAACCAUUGGAUGCCAAGCCCAACAAGCCUGUAACUGCCUCCAAGAAACGCAAGCUGUCUGACCAAGAUACUAGUCUGAGUAAAACUGCCAAGAUUCAAAAGGCAAAUAUCGAAAAUAAAAUAAAACCUCACAAUAAUAUUACAAAUAAUAAUGGUAUUAAUAACAACAACAACACUAACAAUAAUAGUGACAGUAGUAGUAUUAGUAAUGUUAAUAAAAAUAAUAGUAGUAGUAUUGCCGAGAUGGAGGUGUGCGAUGAGGUUAUUUCCAGUUCUGGCUCAAGUAGUGUCGCGACACCAAUGCAACAGACUGUGAAAUCUCACACGUUGGACAAGUUCUUCUCGUCGAGAAACGUCCAAGAUGAGAUUAUUUCCAGUUCCACCAAUGACGUCAUCGAUUUGACCAGAUCUGACGGGGAUGACAACAUCAGCGAGAAAUGUGAAGAGAAUAUAGAAAAAGAAAACAAACUGAGCAGUAACUUCAACGAAGACGCUAACUUUGCAUUGCUUACGGACCCCCAAGCUAAGCCAAAGUCAAGCCUCGGCAAUGCAAAGAGCAGCGUUCUCAAAGAGAAAUUCGAUCAGGUUGUGGGACGAUCAGGCUGUGAAGUGAAAGUCUUUCUGCCCGACCUUGCACUUUGCGACAUGUCUGUCUGUUCGUCUCCUGCCGACAGCAAGCUGAUCAACUCUGCGCUCUCGGGCUCUAGUUGCAAGUCGCCUCUGUCCAGUUCUUCCAAGUCCCCGAAGCAAUGCGCAAAGUCGCUGGUGCUGCCGACAUCCGCAGAACAGAAGGACGACGACGAUGACUCCAGUUCAGAGCUUGACCUCUCCACAUGUGCCACUCCCUGCAAUGAGGAGUCUUCCACUACUUGCUCCGUGGCCAGUCACUCGGAUGAGGACGUCACACCAAUGGAAAACAAAGAGAAACCAAACCCGUUGGCAAGUACUCCAAAAACUGCACAGGUGAAACAAAAGCGACGACGAAUUGAUCCGAUGAGGCAGAAAAUCAAAGAGGAGAGGGAAAAGGAACGAUUGAAGCGGAAAGAGGAAAAAGAAAACGAACGACUGCAGAAACUACAACAACGUAAAGAAGAUAAGGAGAGGAAAUCUCUAGAACGGCAACAUCUAAAGAUGCAGAAAGAUAAAGAGCGUUCGGAGAAGGAGAAACAGCGAGAGAUGGAACGACUGGGGAAAGAAAAACUGAAAGAUGAACUGCGUCGUAAGAAGCAAGAUAUGAUUGAAAACCAGUUUUGCAACACGAUUUCAGGCUGUCUCACUGUUGCAGUAUCUUGGGCAGAUGUCUCCAACUAUAUAACUCUAUAUAACCUUAUCUUGGUUAUAUUGUCAUCUCAUUUGUUUCAGAUGAGGAAACAACAGAGGAGAAAAGCUGCUUUCCAGAAUUAUUUUGUACAGAAACCCAAGAAUAAACCAGUUGCUAAGCCAAAGGAGCAUUCUGGCAUGUUUAUGCCAUUUGAGGUGAAGAAAGACAUGCGCAUGGCACCGGCAGACAGACGAUCUCUUUCCAAAGAAUCCAUGGACGAAUUGGAUGAAAUUAUGAAAACUCAGGAUCACCAGCCUUUGUAUCAAACUGAGUUGAAAUCUAAUGGCUUCACACCCAGAAGAUCUGGGAAGACCUGGCCAAGGGAAGGUGACCAGGAUGAUGAUAUUUCACACGAAGAUGAUGUUGUGAAGAAGGUGACUUAUCAUGUCAAACUGUUACAGUUUCACACCAACUACCGUCCUCCUUAUUAUGGCACCUGGAGGAAAUCCAGCAAUGUCUUGUCUGCCAAAAAUCCAUGGAAGAAAGAUACGGCACUUUUUGAUUAUGAAGUUGAUAGCGAUGAUGAAUGGGAAGAAGAAGAACCAGGAGAAAGUUUAUCCUCAUCGGAGGAAGAGGAAGAGAAAGACGACAAAGAAGAUGAUGAAGAUGAAGAAGAUGGCUGGAUGGUACCUCAUGGCUAUUUGUCUGAAGGGGAAGGCUGUGUUGAAGAUGAUGAGGUGACCCCUGAAAUAUUGAAGGCCCGCCGAGCUGCCAAUGCUGAAAAAUGGGAGAGCCAGAGAAACCAGCAAGGUCUGCCUCACAAACCAGAAUACAUUGGCUGUAUAUGGGAUGGAUCUGCAAAGAAUGAUGCUAAUAUAUUCAAUGAAUACAGGGUGACCAUCAUAAAUGGAGAAAUGCCAAUUGCUACAUCCCAUAAUAGAGCCCUGAAAGAAGUGGAUCCGACGGAGAACAAGUCUGGGAAUAACCUGAAGAAACGUGUUGUUCCAGAAGAAGCUCUUCCAGAUUUGAUCAAGUUUGUCCACGGAAGUCGUACCGGCAUCAAGAAGCUCGUCGUUGAAUUCCAAUCUUACUGGAACACGAAACAUGCUAAUAUGGUUGCCAAAGUGGCCCAAGAGGAGUCAAAGACGGAAUCAAGCAGCGACAUCACACCUGGCACCCCAGGCGAAAAAAGCGAUGUCUGUAAACAGAACAGCACUCCCAACACGUCUGUGACCGAAACAGAUGCUCCGGAAGAAAACUCUAUCAUCUCGAAACGCCAGCUAGAAAAGAAGAUAUUAGUGAUAGCGGUGAGAGAAAAAAGGGUUGAUUACUCCAAGAUAUGCUGGUAUGUUCACAAUGAUAUUAGGAAACAAUAUGGCCUUGAAGAUUUGCCACUGAAGGACAAAACAUCUGAGAUAAAAGCUCAAGAAGAACAGAUGGCAGCAGCUGCCAUUUUGCAGUCAACGAAGAUUUCCUUACAGUCAUUACCAACGACCCUUGAAGCAAAAACACCAAAUGGUAAAGGCGGAAGUAAUGACAAGCCUCUUGCUCGUCCUGCACCUAGUGACCAGAUGUCCAUACUAAGCUUUGCCCAGACAUCUGAUAAAUUGAGCUCUGUCCGAACUGUUGCUGCUGUAGCCGACAGUGUCAGCUGCAGCAAUAGUAGUAGUAGCAGCAACAACAACAGCAACAAUGGUGAUAAUGUUGUUAUAAACGAUAUCAAAGAUAAUGCUAAAUCACCCGCUAAGAAGCCUUUACCUCGUGACCAGAUGUCCAUCUUGAAUUUCACAAAGGCAGCUCCACAGAGUUCAGAAAAAACUGCUCUGCCGAGUACGGUAAAAGCAGAGCAGCAGAGAAGGGAGAAAUCUGUGUCUUUGAAGAACGCAGACAGCAGCUCGAUGUGUGACAGUGUCAUCGUUAUAGACGACUCUGAGGAUUAUAACAACAGUGAAUCCAAAACAAAUACUGAUAGUAAGAGUGUGGAACUGAAGACUAACGGCGAAAGUAAGAAUAUUGAAAUGAAAGAGGCAAGAGGCGAAGGUGGCAACGUUAAUGAUAUGAAACCAAGCACCAAAUGUGACAGCAGUAUAACGAAACUAAGUGUCAAUGGGGAUUGCAAUGAUGUAAGGCCAAGCAGCACUUCUGAAAGUAUUGAGGGCAAACCGGGAUGUGUAAAUUUAGAGCCAGUGAAGGGACCCAUGGAGGACGAAAUAACUCCCGAUUUCAAAAUGUCGGUAAACCCACAGACAUCGACAAAUAUCUUGCCUGCUACAGAUCAUUCCGUUUCCCCGCAGAAUUGUAGUUCUACCGACGUGGAGAUGGUUGAGGAACCAAAAUCAACCACUGGGUGAAGGGGCUUUAAAAAAUUUUUUUAAAAAAUGGAAAACAAUGAAAAGGAGAAACACAAAAAAAACCUGAAACAACUAUAUAUAUUUAAAAUAAAUAUUUAAAUUAGAAGGAAACACUUGUGACAUGAAGAACACAUAUGCACGCACGCACACACAAAAAGAAAGUCCUCUACACAGAACAGAAAUCCCAAAUGGCCAUUCCAUCUUGAUUUGUUACUUCAGACCAACUUGUAAAUAAUUAUAAAGAUUUUUGGUUAUGGAACUCCAAGAAA